CUUGAACCGUCACUGUUGCAUUUUCUUUUCCGGUUAAGUCUCCUCAUCUGUGGGAACGUGGAAUUCAUCACAGCGGCGCACUAAGUCACCAAAAAAAUGAGCGUCCCGGCAUUUAUUGAUAUAACGGAAGAAGACCAGGCGUUAGAACUUAGAGCCUACAUCAAAUCCAAAGGAGCUGAAAUCUCCGAGGAGAACUCUGAAGGUGGACUUCACGUAGAUUUGGCUCAGAUCAUUGAGUCUUGUGAUGUUUGUCUUAAAGACGACGAUAAAGAUGUGGAGAGCGUGAUGAACAGCAUUGUAUCUCUGUUGUUGAUCCUGGAGACAGAGAAGCAGGAAGCUCUCAUUGAGAGUCUGUGUGAGAAACUGGUCCAGUUCCGUGAAGGAGAAAGACCUUCCCUCAGGAUGCAGUUGUUGAGCAACUUGUUCCAUGGAAUGGAUGAGAAUGCUCCAGUCAGAUACACAGUCUUAUGCAGCCUCAUCAAAGUGGCCGCUGCUUGUAACGCCAUCUCCUUCAUCCCGACUGACCUCGAUCAGGUGGCCAAGUGGAUAGUUGACUGGAACCUGAAUACAGAGAAGAAGCACACACUUUUGAGGCUGGUAUAUGAAGCACUGGUGGACUGCAAGAAAAGUGACGCUGCAGCUAAAGUGAUGGUGGAGUUGCUGGGUAGUUACACAGAGGACAAUGCAUCACAAGCACGUGUUGAUGCACACAGAUGUAUUGUCCGAGCUCUCAAAGAUCCCAACACCUACCUGUUUGACCACCUGCUCACCCUCAAACCAGUGCGCUUCCUGGAGGGAGAGCUCAUCCAUGACCUGUUAACCAUCUUUGUAAGCGCAAAGCUAGCCUCAUACGUCAAGUUUUACCAGAAUAACAAAGACUUCAUUGACUCUCUCGGCCUGUCUCACGAACAAAACAUGGCCAAGAUGCGUCUGCUCACGUUCAUGGGCAUGGCGGUGGAAUUCAAGGAGAUCCCCUUUGACACCAUGCAAGAGGAGCUGCAGAUUGGAGAGGACGACGUUGAGGCUUUUGUCAUUGAUGCUGUCCGGACCAAGAUGGUGUACUGCAAAAUUGACCAGACACAGCAAAAAGUUGUAGUCAGCCACAGUACAUACCGCACCUUCGGAAAGCAGCAAUGGCAGCAGCUGUUUGAUAGCCUCAGCUCGUGGAAAGCCAAUCUAGCAACUGUCAAGACCAGCCUGCAAACUCUGUCACCUUCGGCCUAAAUCCCACCUUCAGCUGCCUCAUGAUGGAUUCUCUUCCCUUCCAAUUACUCACACACACACUGAACUGCUUUUAUAUACAUCCAAUAAAAGAAACAGUGGAGAUCAA